UACAUACAUUUGCUACAUUAAUAGAGGGGAUGUCCCAUUUAGAACAGUGUUUGCAAACCACAUUCUUAUCUUCCGGGCUAUAUUUUGCCCUAGUGUCAGUGCCUAGGGUGGCUCUCAGUAAGAGGCGCUCAUUGUACAAGGACCCGGUGAUGGCCAGCGUCAGGAUGUUGUCUGUUACAGCGGGCUAGGCCCUGAUACUGUGCCACAGUGAAGCCAGGAGCUGGGAGAGUUAAAUAUUUUUCUCUCUUGUGGCCUGAUUUAUUUAAAGAGGAGCAGACCCUGCCGCAGCCAGGGAGAAAAAACUGAUCGCCUUUUCCCGUGCUCGGCUUCGAUCGGACCGCACUGCAACCAGGGAGAGGGAGACGUUCCCCGAGAAAAGCCUUUCCUCUCCGUACCGAUGCUAUUACAAAACCAGAACAGGGAGCACAGCGGGGCAACAGAGCAACCAAUCGGGGAAACAAAAUUGCAGCCAUGACAUCUGCUAGAAAUGCCCUACAGUGCCAGAGAAAGAGAAGGUUGACUCCAGCCCGAAUGUCCUGGAACCGUUGUGUGAUAUGGAUCGGAACCCCUCACCCCCGACUAGUGACGAUGAAGAGGGACAGACGGAAGACUCCAUAGGGAGCACUGUAUACAGCAAGCACUGGUUCUUCAGCACGCUGACCACGCUCAUCGAGUUCGUCACAAAGAAAGACAAAUCCCAGGCCGAGGAUGAUGAAGACGAGAUCUCGGGGGAGCUGGAUGAAGACAUGGAAAAUGACAUUUGUAAAGUUUGGGACAUGUCUAUGAAUGAGGAGGUGGCGCUGUUCCUAAAGGAGUUCAAUGCACCUGAAAUUUUUUUAGGCAUAAUCUCAAAAUCCAAAAGCAACCGGUUAACAGAAAUCUGUGUGGGGAUCCUGGGUAACAUGGCCUGCUUCCAGGAGACAUGUGUGGCCAUCAGCAACAACAAGGACUUGGGAGAAGUGCUGCUGAUGCUGAUGUGUGACACGGACCCCCCGACUCUGCUAGAAACCACCAGGCUGCUGUUGACUUGCCUAUCUCAGGUUGAUGUGAUGAGCACAUGGGUGGAAAGGAUCCGGAAGCGUCCGACUGUCAGAGAUAACCUCUGCUUCAUCAUGAGCAGCUCCACCAAUGGGGACCUGCUCGUUAAAGUGGGGGAGCUGGUGGACAAGGUGUUUGAUGUGGACGAAGACUUGAUGAUCGACUGGAUAAAAGCUGGAUGUCAACAGCCGGAAACACUAGUGAAUGAUAUUGAAGAGAAACUUGUGGUGCUCGGACUGGUGCCCUCACUACUAGAGGCCGCAAAGCAGCUCAAGUAUGACAGUCCUGAGGGUCUUGAUGUCUAUAUGCACAUCCUGCAGCUGGUGACCACGGUGGAUGAGGGCAUCCAGUCCAUAGUACAAUGUCCUGAAGAUGGGAAGCAAAUAUGGGAGUUUUUGUUUGAUUUGACGUGUCGGGACUUGUGCCAGUCGGAUGACCCUCCUCUGAUCGUACAAGAGCAGAAAACCAUCUUAUCCUCCGUCCUGGCUGUCAUGUCUGUCAUUUUCUCAUCCCAAACUGAGCAGAAGUACACGGAGAUGUGGAAAAAUCUUUCUCUCAUCGGGAGCCUGACCCGAAUCCUGGAGAAUCUGGAGACGUGUCAGAAGAAGAAUGGGGAGAGGCCGCUGUCUGCUGAGGACGAGCCGCAAGAGGAAGAUUUUCACUUAAAAAUCCUGAAGGAUGUCUGCUGCGAAUUUCUCUCUAACAUUUUGUCUCAACUAACAAAGGAGAACAUACUACGGGCCCUUACGGAAGGUCACAUCACAGAAAAGAAGAGCUUGUGUACACUGCGGAACCUGCUCCCCCUCUACGCCGUGUCUGUGAAUAGCUUUAUAGCGGUUUUGGGUGAAGCCGACCAGACUCUGUACAAAACUCUAAAGAAAGAGGUCUCUGUUCUUGGAGAGGAUUCAUGAGAUGUAGCCUCCACCUUCCAGACAGCCGCUGAGCACGCCUCGACAGUGACUUGUGUUUGGCACCCCCGUCCUCCAUGACGACGAUACAGUGUGUGAACUGAUAGACAUUUUUGAUGUUUCAAUUGCUGCAUUUCCAUAUGUCAGCCAGCAGGGGGCGCCAUGGAUAUUUGUUCUCCAUUGAAAAGCAUCUACUAAAAGAGCAAAUGUCUGCAAGUAUAUCCAGAACCUCCCUCAUAUUAACCCAAGUGACAGUAUACGGUAAAACUCCUCUAAUCCAGUAUCUGAUGGGCCAACAUAUAAUUUUCAGUAGAAAGCCACCCGUUUGUUUGCAGUUACAGAGCAGUAGUUCAGUCGUCUUGUGUAAUUUCACAUCAUCUUUUCAGUACAAGACUGCUAUAUAAAGUGCUGGAUUUUUACAUUCCAGAUUAAAGGAAUUUGAUGAAUGUUUUUAAUGUAUUAGAAUAUAUAUUUUUGUAGGACAGCAGGAUCAUGUUUUUGUCUUCCUGGAAAAUGUCCUCCGCUCUUAGGGCACAUGCGCACGGCCAUUGGUCGGCUGUUCUGUGCAUUGGGGACAGCAAUUUGCGUUCCUCAAUGCACGGGCAACAUCUGUGCGAAAUCCGCAGACUGAUUCAGACCCAUUCAACUUAAAUAGAUGUUCAAUAUUUUUUUGUGGAGCGGAGGCAGGGAGAGAAACCCCACGGAAGCAUUCUGUGCCUCCAUUCGGCACCGCACUUUCCGGAUUGCGAACCCAUUCAAGUGGACAAGUCAUAUAAAGGUCUGUCUGAUUGAUGAUACGGCAUCUGUUGGGCCCUGUGGAUGCUGGAUUUAAAAGGGUUAUUUCCAACUUUAGACAGUGAUGGCAUAUCACUAGGACAGGUCAUCAGCUGUUUGACCUUUGGGACCCUCACGGAUUUACAGCUAUAUCCGCUACACAAUCCUUCCCUGCACAGCGGCAGCUUGGGAGGAAAACUGUCAGGUUGAACAUGAUGUCUGUGACUGACAGGACCGCCUCUUCAUAGAGGGAAGGCUAUCAGUGAUUGACAUGCUGCCCUGUAUGAGGUGGUCCUAUCAGCGAUUGACAGCUCAUAGAGGGAAGGCAGUCAGUCACUGCUAGGACCUCCUCAUAGAAGGAAGGCUGUCAAUCACUAAUGGGACCUCCUCAUAGAGGGAUAGGCUGUCAGUCACUGAUAGGACCUCCUCCUCAUAGAGGGAAGGUUGUCAGUCACUGAUAGGACAGUCUCCUCAUAGA